UCCGAAUACCAGUUUUGUGCUGAAUAUGUUCACCGGCAGGCCAUCACCAGAACAGGGUGGCCUUUCGCUGAGACGUACACUGACUUUUUCGUUCGGCCACUUUGCAUUUCCUUGUUGCUAGGCUCGCCUGUCACAAAGCACAUCCGCCGAAUCGGCCCUCAGACAGGCUAGCGAGCAGCGGCAGCUAGCACAAGAUGGCCUCCACUAUGUAGCGCAUUUUCGGCGGCUGGAUCAGGGGCCCAAUCAGUUCCAUGCGGGCUUCAAAAGGCUAGUUUCGACAGCCGAAUUCAAGCACUCCCGCUAUUUUGACUCAGCCUUGGCUAAUUCGGGUUUUAUUCAUUUCGUCACAUUCUAUUUCUCAUCUCUCUCGACAUUAUUAGCAGCACAGACAGCAGGCAUCCAGAAUGAGCGUCAUUGAGGAAUUCACCUUUCCGUUCUGCGUGACAUCGCAUGCGUUCAACAAAGACAAGUCGCAGGUAGCGCUGUGCCCGAACACCAACGAGGUGCACAUUUACGGGCGCAACGGCACGCAGUGGACGCAGCUGCACGUGCUGAAGGAGCACGAUCUGCUGGUGACGAGCAUCGACUGGGCGCCGCAGACGAACCGCAUUGUGACGUGCUCGCAGGACAAGAACGCGUACGUGUGGACACUGGACAGCGCGGGGAUGUGGAAGCCGACGCUAGUGCACCUCCGGAUCAACCGUGCGGCGGUGCAGGCGCGGUGGAGCCCGCAGGAGAACAAGUUUGCGUGCGUGGCGGUGUGCUACUUUGGGUCGGACAACGACUGGUGGGUGAGCAAGCACAUCAAGAAGCCGAUUGCCAGCUCGGUGCUGUCGGUGGCAUGGCAUCCGAAACAACGUGCUGCUGGCGCCCGUGUGUUCUCGGCCUUCAUCAAGGGAGUCGACCAGAAGCCGGCGCCGUCGGCGUGGGGCGAGCGGCUGCCGUUCAAUACGCUGUGCGGCGAGUUCGAGGCGCCGGCCGGCGGAUGGGUGCGCAGCAUUGGGUUUUCGCCCGAUGGCGACCACGACGCCAGCCUGACUGUGGCUACGCCAGCCACCGGCGAGGUCGUCGCUGUGCGCUCCCCCGGCCUGCCGCUUACAUCGCUUGUGUGGGUUGACCAGAGCACCAUCGUGGUGUCGGGCCAUGACUGCGUGCCGCUCGUCUACGCGUUCGACGGCCAGGCCUGGCGGCUUGCCAAGCGGCUCGGCGACGACGACAAGCUCAGGCGCUCGGCUGCUGCGUCGCCCACCGGCAACACUGCAUUCAACCUGUUCCGCCAGAUGGACAGCCGCAAUCAGCCUGCCAAGAACGCUGCCGCGGCCACCGACGGCUCGCUCAAGAGCGUCCACCAGAACACGAUCACUGAGAUGCACACUGGUCUGGGCGGAGCGGCUGCUGAAAUCUCCACCAGCGGUCUGGACGGCAAGCUUGUGCUGUGGAACGUCCAGGCGUAGGGUGUCUCCCGGGGACGACUAGUGUUUUUUAUCCAGAUAGGCAGAGUGGAUAUAAAAGUUGAGCGUUUACAUUGUCAAAGUACACGUAUCAAGGGGAUGAUUAAAUUUAAGAUGUAGAAAG